AGUGCAAAGUUUAAGAAGUCUUACGAUGUAUUUGGAUCCUGACAUCAAGGAGCAGCUGGAGUUUUGGAAAAGAUUCGGGGAAUCUGAUGGGUUCGAUGUCGAUCAUUUGAUGGACGUAAAACCAAGCUCUUGUAAGCUAAAUACGCGCACGUUUGAAGAUAAUGAUGAUUACCCAACACAUAUAGUCCAUUAUGCUAAGAUGGGGCUCCAUAAGUACAAUUUGAUACAGGGGACUAACUUGCAGCUAAGUUCCAUAGAGAAAUUCAAUACACGAUAUAGCGUAGUAUAUUGUGGUUACUAUAUAACAUUGAUUGCAAAGGAUCCAGCUGCAGGCAGUUGCCUUGUACCUUUUCAAACGAGGGUCCUUGAACAAGGCAUUGACAAGAAUGAUCUGACUUGUUAUAUUGCUCGACCUAAGUACGGACCACCACGAGGAGGUAAAGUGUUGACGACACAUUUGGAUACUGAACAGGUAGAUGAUGAUUUCUACAAAGGUAGUUUGCCUGCGUGGCCGUCAGAGGAUGCUUUCAAAGAUAAAAAACGAUAUUACGUUAUGAAAAAAUCAGAGCUGCGAAAAUAUGACUGGCUUCGUCUAUACAUGGAACUUGCAUUCCUCACCGUGAAUACCAAACUUAAAUCUCCUAAUCUGUCAAAAUUGGAGAUUGUGAAGGUGAGAGUAGAAACUAAGGAUAAUGUGGAGCCUCCGAGCGAGAGACCCUUGGCUAGAAAUGCAAUUUUCUACAUAAGGUACAGGUACUACCCGAAUAAGGCUCGAGCUCCUCCUAAGGGUCACAAGCCUCCUCUGCGUGAUCGCAUUGCUAUAGUAAGAAGAACCACCGACAACAAUACGGGACACCUCAAAUUACUGUUUGAGUGUGACUAUGCAAAAACUCUUCUCUAACUCAAGUGGCUGGCACUAGCCGUCCACUCUAAUUAUGAAGCUUGUAAUAUCUAAUUUGAAAACGUGGAUCUCAUAAUAAUAUACUAUUUU